AUGAGCGACAAUUCCCAGGACUUGGAGGCUAUAGAGCGUCGUAGAUCACAGAAUCGAAUUGCUCAACGUAAGCAUCGACAAAGACGUGCCCAACUGUUGCGAGAAUGCCAUGCCAUCUUAAACCAACGCAAGGAGGGAGGCAGCGACAAUCAACAUCCAGAUCACCUGCAGCAAGUAGGCAGCCGUAAAGACUAUUCCAGAACAAAUUCUCCGGAGGCUGUCACACUCCCUCAAUUUUCACAGCAUUGCAUUGGGUGUCAGUCCAAUAGGAGAGCAGAUCCGUCCUACCAAGAGCACCAACAACAUGGACCGCAGCUUGGUACUAGCAGCCAUCAUGCCAGUUCACUGAACCACGUUGAUGACAACAAGGAUUCGGCAUCAACUCCUCCAUUCCAAGACAACGUAGAAGAGAUCAAUCAAUCUGCACUACAACGCAGCCGCGAGGUCGUGCAACCGUCUCCAUUAGAAGACAUUUCAGCAAAUCUGACGGGCAACGAUGGCCAAUACUUUUUGGAUGCCACUACGUUUAUGACAAGUGCCAACUUUUUCCAGGACAGUUUGCUGGAAACAGCCGAUGAUAAGGAGCAAAUUGAAGACCCGAGCCAGCAUAAUAUCAAUAAAAGCCAGACCGUGAAUCCAAUUGCUAGGGCAAAACUUAGCAACCCUAAUAAGCGCCCAAGGAGCGCGAGCUAUUGUCCGCCUGUAGAUACAGGACAUCAUCCCGACAAGACUCGCGACCCCUCUUCCAGCCGGCGAGCAACUUUUACUGCUCUAGCGUCACCACCAAUUUCCGAUCCGGCCCUGUCCUCAACAUGCACCUCGCCCGUCAUAAGUCGACAGAGACACAAGGGCAAGACAGCGCUGCAUAUCUGUGCUGAACGUGGAGAUGAGGAGGUUGUCAGAGCCCUCGUUCUACAAGGUAUCACUCUCGACGUACAGGAUAGCUUUGGCUUCACAGCUCUGCAUUACGCGGCUCAGAACUCGCAUUACAAGGUUGCCAAAAUCUUAUUGCAAGGAGGUGCUGACACUGAAAUCUUGAAUGAAGAAGGGUACAGCGUACUUCAUGUUGCGGCCGAGGUGGGUAGUCUGGAUGUUAUCACCCUGUUGAGUCAAGAAGGAGCGGAUCUGAACUCGAGGGUGGGGACUUCAAUAGAUGAUUAA